AUUAAUAUUAAGAAAUUCCGCACAAGAGUUCCUAACGGCAUAUGCGUAAUCUAAUAACGGACUUAUAAAAUUUUGCGGUGCAUAUGGUUAAAUUUUCAAAAACCUAUUUUUAAUCAUCGAACGUCUUGGGAAUUUCUAGGAGGUCAUACUUAUUGUACAGAGUUUAUUAUCUGAAAUUGUACUCUUGUACUAAAUUUCUAAUCCUCAGCAUUAAUUAAACACUAAUGGGAAUUGCAUGUUUUAAGUGAAAAUAUAUCGAUUGUACAUUUCACGUUUAUAGUUUUUAGACACAGCAUACAACCAACAAUGAACAUAUGUAAUGUCGACUGAGAAACUGCAUGUUCGAGGUAUUACUCAGCUAAGUGAUAUAAAAUAUUUUGACCGAGCUAUGGCAAAACACAAGUAAUAACAUAAAGAAUAAUUAUUUUAUAAAAUAUAUAGUUAAGAAAAAUGGGUCCAAUUAAAAAAGGAUACAUGUCCAAAUAAAGAUGAUAUUUUGUUAUUUACACUAUAUUUUGCUAACUUAUGCUCAAAUCUCUACACUCUUCGGAAAGGCAGGCUGAAUUGCCGAAUAAAAUAUUGUCCGACGUUUCUCCUUCUCUUAUUCUACCGCUCACUGAAUUACCUGUCAAACGUCACCUGGCAUCGUGGUCGGCAUAUGUUGACUGUGGCGUACGUGGCGGUAACCUCAAAUAUUUCCUGCUGAGUUGGUUCCCUGUGGAUUGCGAAAAUCCAAGGAAUUCAAACAGCUAGCGAGGCGUUAGCAAACUUUAAUAGACUGAUUCAAUUCGUAUUUACGUCCUAGAAUAUCCGCGUGCUUCGAUACCGAUCAUUAUCUUUGGAGAUUUACAAAGUAAAAUGUACUGGGUCCUAUGGGUUUUUGUAAUCGGGUUCCAUGGAUAUCAUUCCACAUAUGCACAGGGUCAAAGAGUUGCCCCUGGAGUACCUCCACAACACUAUCAACAGCCGUCGGUGGGUCAACAAAUGCACCAAAUGCCACAAAUGCAACAACAGUACCAUCAAGUUCCCGGACAAGUACCCAUGCAACAAGGUCAUCCACAACAGCAACAGCAGCAGCAGCAGCAGCAACAGCAGCAGCAGCAUCAGCAUCAACAACAUCAACAAGUGCCUCUGCAACAAUAUCAAGGAACACCUCCGUCGCAACAGCAUAACGAUCAUGGAUAUCAGCCGAUUUUAAAUACUGCAAAUAUCGCUCAGGAGAAAGCUCAUAUUGCGGAACACUUAGACGUUCCGAUGGAUACAAGUAAGAUGACUGAUCAAGAAUUACAAUUUCAUUACUUUAAAAUGCAUGAUGCAGACAACAACAAUAAAUUGGAUGGCUGUGAACUUAUUAAAUCGCUCUUCCAUUGGCAUGAACAAGAUGAUAAGGAGCACGGUGCUCAUCGAGUACCUAAUAAAAUAUUUAAAGACGAUGAAUUAGGUGCAUUAAUCGAUCCUAUUCUUGGAAUGGAUGACACGAAUAAGGACGGCUUUAUUGAUUAUCCAGAAUUUAUCCAAGCACAAGAAAAGGCUGCUGCGACCACACGUUCCUAAUUUCUUAGAUGUAAAUUUGAACUGUACAAAGGCAUGGGCGUUAAGUAUCAGACAUUUUAAUUUUUCACUUGUCGGAUAAAUUCGGUUUAUCUUAGUUAUAUAAGUAAAAAUUACAUUAUAUUAGAUAGCUUCACAUAUAAUAUAAGAUUCAUUGAUUUGUACUUAUACAGAGUUACUCGUUUAUCAACGUUCGUAGAGGAUAGCAAGAUUAUGGAUUAUCUUUGUUGUAAUUUUUUAUACAGUCACGUCUGUUGAUUCUAAUUAUUUUGCUUUUAACAACAAUAGGUCACAUGGUGCGUCUCGAAAACGAGAAUGUGAAAUGACCUGUAAAUUUGAUACUUACGUAUACGGACAGUAAUUCAGUUGUAGUAAAAUCAGUUUAUCUUUAUCAUUAAAUGUUAUGACUAAUGAAAUCUUGUAAUUUCAUAUAUAAAUAAAUGAUGACAUUGAUAUUUGUAAAA